GCCGGGCAUGGAGGGCCCGGGCGGCGCCGCGGAGCCCAGCGGAGGGGCGGACGAUGUGGCGGGCGGGCCUCACCAGUCCCGGCCCCUCGAGAAGGGCGCAGGGCACCCGGCAGAGGCACCCCCGGCCGGCCCGCAGCCGCCCCCCGCGGGCCUGCCCACCCUCCUGGCCUACAGACCCGAGUCCUCACAGGCAAACGUACACCACGAGGCAGAGGAGGAUGCUGAGCCAACAUGUGAGUACUGUGGCAACCUGCUGAGGCCAUUCCCCUUCUCCGAGGAUGUCCCCUUCUCCGAGGACAAGGAAGACAGAUUCUGCUGUGAGCACAGCCGAGACCUCUAUGAGUUCUUCAUGAAGGAGAAGAGGCUGGAGGAUGCCAGCAGCCUUCCCAGAGCUGUCAGCACCCACGAAUCCCUCGGCUCUGAAGCCAACCAGCUGCUGUCACAGGAGCAAGAGAACCAGAGGCAGCAGAAGAGACACCUGGCCGGAGAGUUGGCUGACCAGUCUUUUGAGCUGAGUGCCACUGAAGGUUCACAGCAAACUGGAUCCGUUGUGUACGAGCUUUCCCGGCAACCCACAUCUCCCAAAGGCGGGACACCAGUGCCUGUUGGGAGAGCAGCUGAGCCUGAGCCGGAGCCCGAGCCGGAGCCGGAGCCGGAGCCGGAGCCGGAGCCGGAGCCCCGGCCCGAGGAGGAGCCCGAGCCCGAGCAAGAGCCCGAGCCCGAGCCGGAGGCCGAGUCCCGGACCGAGGAGGAGCCCGAACCCGAGAAAGAGCCCGAGCCCGAGCCCGAACCGGAGCCGGAGCCCCGGCCCGAGGAGGAGCCCGAGCCCGAGCAAGAGCCCGAGCCCGAGCCCGAGCCCGAGCCGGAGGCCGAGUCCCGGCCCGAGGAGGAGCCCGAGCCCGAGCCCGAGAAAGGGCCCGAGCCCGAGCCCGAACCGGAGCCCGAGCCGGAACCUCGGCCCGAGGAGCAGCCUAAGCCCAAGCCCGAGCCCGAGCCCCGGCCCGAGGAGCAGCCCGGGUCCGAGAAAGAGCCCGAGAGCAACCAGGAGCCUGUGUCCCGCGGCGUCAUCGGCUACGAUUUCGGUCUCCUGGGGAAGAAGGUGGGGAAGGGUAAAUUGGUGCAGAAGUACUACAGACAUGGAAAGAAAUUCCUUACCAUGCUCCCAGAUGGAACCUCGCAGUUAUUCUAUCCAUCUGGAAACCUGGCCAUCAUCAUUACACAAGAGAGAGACCAGCUGACUUGCAUAGUACAGGAAGAUGAGCUGAGGACAUCCAAAAUCCGAGCACUGUUUCAGUCUGAGGGCAGGAGCACGUGCUAUUACCCGAACGGAGAUGAGUGGAUAAAUAUGAGUAUCCACGGUGGGCAAUAUUUGGACCAAGGAGGCAACAGGGUUAGAAGGUGGAUGUGGCCAAAUUUGUCACCAGGACCCCAUGUCCCACUGAGCCCCAUUUUCAUCUCCCUGAACCGCCACGUGGGAGUCAGGAUCCUGGCCCAGGACAAGAUCUUCGUCUCCUUCCUCGCCAUGGGGCGACAGGCAAAACUCAACAUGGGAACCAAAGUGCAGGCCAGCGCUGCCAGCCAGCUGCCUCCUCCAACCCGGCUAGGCGAGGAUGAGCUCCUGCUGCUCGCCUUCCGGGUGAGGAUCCUGCAGCUCUUCGACAGGAUGCGGGGAUGCCUCAACUUCCCUUCCAGUGAGCAGUGGAACAAAAUGCAGCCUCCCACAUACCUCAUGACCCAGGCUGUGAAGAUCCUGGAGCUCUGCAUGGCUGCUGACAUAAGUGACAAGCUGCGCCGCUCCAUCAGGGCGAUAGUAAAUGCACAGCAGCUCUGACCAGCGUGUGUGUGGUGUAAGGCAAAAUGCACCAGACACACACACUCCCUGAUGCUGUGGCACCUGCAUGUGCUCAGCAAGGUUUCACCUCUGGCGCUGCCCUGGUGCAGAGCAAAGGGUGGUCCAGGGCCGCUCCACACAUCCCCAAAUGGGUCUUGCUCAGGGCAGGCAGUACCAGCCCGCACUGGUGACACCUUGGAGGCACGAGAGGGCUUUGCUAGGGCAGAGUAAUCCCAUGCUCCACACCAGUUCACUGCUCCUGAGCAGCCUUCCUUCCAACUUCAGCCCUGGCCGAGUAGUCACUUCAGCCCUUGGGUAUGGCACAAGGUAAAAGCAAAGAGCACAGCCAAGCCAGGGCCUGGGACAGGUACACAGGCAGGUGCUUGCUCAAGUCACCCACACAGGUACUGCUCUGCCACUCCUAACAAGAAGGUGGGCACUAGCAGGAUGGCCCAAGUGUUCCUGGUGCCUGCGCCUACGGCAGCUCAGCUGGCUGCAGGUACAAGACAAGGUGGUUUCCUGUGCAGAGAGCAACAAAUGCCCUCAGAGUGCCCAGAGCAAUCACCUAUGCUUGGCUCCAGGGAGCACCAGCUGCAGCAUGGGACGGGCUCUAGUUCAAGCACUGCAAACACAGAGCUGUCAGUGGGUGUUCAGAGGCCCAUGGUGCUGCACUCGGCAGUGAGGAACCUUCCCAGGCUCUCAGAGCUGCCUUUGAAACUUGGGGUUCACCUGGCCAGUUUCCCCCAGGGAGGCCACACCUGAACUGUGGCAGCUGCCUGAAGGACAAGGCCAAGCUCCAUGUACCGCUCCCAGCAUGGGAGGCUCUCAGGGGCUUACACAUGACAAAUACAAGCUCAUUAACUUUAGAAAGUUGGCUUUUUAUGCAGUUUUUCAAUUGCAGUUCCAAGAAUGUUCAUCAGUGACAAACAAGGUACUUCACACAGGAAAUGGGAACUCUUUAUUUCAAUUAAUGUUCUUGGGUUCAAUUCAGGCCAGCAGGAAGGCCCAGCUCAUCUCAAAUGGCCAAGGAAAAACUGCUGGAGCUGGCCCACAUGAUUAAAGAGUAGCUGAUCUUAAUUUUCACUGAAGUCACCAAAUGAUGUAACUAUUCCGCAUAUAAUUUUCCUUAUAUAAUUCAGUAUAUAAUGCACUGUUCGACUCUGCCAUAAAUUUUGAGAAAUAUACAAACCUGUUUUAACCACAUCAGAGAGAUUUGAUAGACAGCUAUCAAUUACUCAACAGUUUAGGACAAUAUCAGACACUCCGAUAACUUCAUUUUAAACUACAAAAAGAACAUAAAUUCAUAUAAAAUACAACAGAUUAAACAAACUUCUCUUUUUCCAA